GGUGUGAAGAAAUGGCAGGACGCAGAUCGACGCUGACGAAUGCUGCGGACUCGCUGCCGGGAACGGGCGGCGGUGACCCGCUGCGUGAACUCUUCGAAGCCUGCAAGACCGGCGAUCUCGCCAAGGUGAAGGCGUUGGUCAACCCGAAGACGGUCAACGCCCGCGACACCGCCGGACGCAAAUCCACCCCUUUGCACUUUGCAGCUGGAUAUGGUAGAAAGGAUGUUGUAGAAUUUCUUCUGUCCGCUGGUGCAUCAAUUCAAGCACGUGACGAUGGCGGUUUACAUCCGUUACACAACGCAUGCUCCUUCGGACAUUGCGAUGUUGUGAAACUGCUCUUGGAAGCAGGAGCGAGUCCUAACACAAGAGAUAAUUGGAAUUUUACGCCGUUGCACGAGGCAGCGAUUAAGGGUAAAAUAGACGUAUGUAUUACUCUGCUACAGCACGGAGCAGAUGUAAACAUUAGGAAUACAGAAGGAAAGACUGCAUUAGAAGUAGCUGAUGUCUCUACUAAACCAGUGCUAACUGGCGAGUAUAGGAAAGAUGAGCUUCUAGAAGCUGCUAGAUCUGGAAAUGAGGAGCGAUUAUUGCAACUACUGAAUCCUCUUAAUGUCAAUUGUCAUGCUAGCGAUGGAAGAAGAUCUACACCGUUGCACUUAGCGGCUGGAUAUAACAGAUCCAGAGUUGUACAGAUUCUUCUUCAAAAUGGUGCAGAUGUGCAUGCCAAGGAUAAAGGUGGUCUUGUGCCUCUUCACAACGCCUGCUCAUACGGCCACUUCGAAGUGACUGAAGCACUUCUGAAGCACGGCGCUGCCGUUAACGCCAGUGACCUCUGGACGUUCACUCCGUUGCACGAAGCCGCGAGUAAGUCUCGAGCAGAGGUUUGUUCCUUAUUGUUGAGCGAAGGCGCGGAUCCGACGCAAUUGAACUGCCAUAGUAAGAGCGCCAUCGACGUUGCGCCAACGCUCGAAUUGCAGGAGAGAUUAGCAUACGAAUACAAGGGUCACUGCCUAUUGGACGCUUGCAGGCAGGCAGAUCUUACAAAACUGAAAAAAUAUUUGUCCCAAGAAGUUGUUAAUUUCAAGCAUCCUUAUACCGGCGACACACCGAUGCAUUGCGCGGUAGCGUCGCCUUAUCCAAAGAGGAAGCAAGUUAUCGAAGCCUUAAUUCGAAAGAAUGCUGCCAUGAAUGAAAAAAACAAGGACUUUCUGACGCCGCUACAUGUGGCGACCGAUCAUUCGCAUUACGACGCAAUGGACAUAUUGCUUCGGCAUAACGCGAAGGUCAACGCGUUGGACGGUUUAGGACAAACCGCUCUGCACAGGUGUGUUAGAGAGGAUAACGUACAGGCUUGCAGAAUACUCUUAUCCUACAAUGUCGACCCUUCAAUAGUAUCUCUUCAAGGAUACACUGCGGCUCAAAUUGCCGCUGAAAACGUGUUAAAGAUACUGCAAGAUCCACCUAGUGGAACCGACGAUGCGGAAGCCCAACUGUUGGAAGCGAGUAAAUCAGGCGAUCUUGCUGCGGUAGAAAGAAUUUUACAAGCUAAUCCGCACGCUGUGAAUUGUCGCGAUUUAGAUGGGAGACACUCGACUCCGCUGCACUUUGCAGCGGGUUUUAAUAGAGUGCCAGUUGUGGAAUAUCUGUUAGCCCAUGGCGCGGAUGUGCAUGCCAAAGAUAAAGGUGGAUUGGUUCCCCUUCACAACGCUUGUUCUUACGGUCAUUACGAGGUCACGGAAUUAUUGGUGAAACACGGCGCGUCUGUGAAUGUCGCCGAUUUAUGGAAGUUCACUCCGCUUCACGAGGCUGCUGCCAAAGGCAAGUACGAAAUAGUACGGUUACUGUUGAGACAUGGAGCAGACGCCACCAAGAAGAACAGAGACGGUGCGACGCCAUUGGAUCUUGUGAGAGACGGUGAUCAGGAUGUAGCUGAUUUAUUGCGUGGAAACAGCGCGCUUCUUGAUGCCGCGAAGAAGGGUAAUUUAGCGAGGGUUCAGAGACUGGUUACGCAAGACAACAUUAAUUGCCGGGAUGCGCAAGGACGUAACAGUACUCCGUUACACUUGGCCGCGGGGUAUAAUAACCUAGAAGUAGCCGAAUUUCUGUUGGAACGUGGGGCUGAUGUGAACGCGCAAGACAAAGGUGGUCUUAUACCUUUGCAUAACGCGUCUAGUUACGGUCACCUGGAUAUCGCAGCUUUGCUCAUUAAAUACAAUACGGUUGUUAAUGCCACUGACAAAUGGGGAUUUACGCCGCUUCACGAAGCUGCGCAAAAAGGACGAACGCAGCUGUGCGCUCUUCUACUUGCUCAUGGUGCCGAUCCCUUCUUGAAAAAUCAGGAAGGUCAGACUCCGAUGGAUCUGGCUAGUGCGGACGAUGUGAGAUGUUUACUGCAAGACGCUAUGGCUUCUCAGCAAAUCGUUCCAUCGGUUCCCUCCGGCAAUAUGGUGAACAGCGCUGGUGGCGCUUCCGUCAACAGCAGACCACCUAGCAUUGUAUCCGUUCCUGUCACACCACCACCACCUCUUACUCAAGAAACUGUCAUUAUGCCGUCCGGUGCGGCUAUGACUUUGUGUGUGCCGUUAGCUCGGCCGACGUCGUGUUUAAGUCCAAUGCCCCCGAGCGAGCCAUGUUCAGAGAAAGAGGCCAAAGACAUGUGCAAGGACCACACCGGUUCCAUCACUACUGUUGCUGGUUUCCUGCAGAGUCUUGGGUUGGAACAUUUGCUCGAAUUGUUCGAACGCGAGCAGAUCACUUUGGACAUUCUUGCAGAAAUGGGUCACGAGGAUUUGAAACAGGUCGGCGUGUCGGCUUACGGUUACAGACACAAGCUGAUCAAAGGCAUGGAUAAGCUUUUAAACACAGCAGUGGGUUCUCUUUGGCAACCUUCGAUAAAUCCGGGUACGUUAUUGGUGGAUCUGUUAGCAGAGGACAAGGAAUUUCUGGCUGUUGAGGAAGAAAUGCAGAGCACUAUCAGACAACACAGAGAUAACGGCCAUUCUGGCGGUAUCUUCUCUCGAUACAACAUAGUUAGAAUACAAAAGGUUCAAAAUCGCAAGUUGUGGGAACGUUAUGCUCAUAGAAGACAAGAAGUAGCCGAAGAAGUCGGUGCCGCAGCUCCUGCUUCUCCCAGCACAGGACCUAGAGGUUCUCCCAGCUCAACGGUGUCGCAGGCAAAUGAGAGAAUGUUGUUCCACGGCAGUCCGUUUAUCAACGCCAUUGUUCAAAAGGGCUUUGACGAACGACACGCAUACAUCGGUGGAAUGUUCGGUGCUGGCAUAUAUUUCGCGGAACACAGCAGCAAAAGCAAUCAAUAUGUUUACGGUAUAUGCGGUGGUACUGGCUGUCCCGCUCACAAAGACAGAAGUUGUUACAUUUGUCACAGACAUUUACUGCUAUGCAGAGUCACGCUUGGCAAGUCGUUUCUGCAAUUCUCGGCAAUGAAAAUGGCGCAUGCUCCUCCCGGCCAUCACAGUGUAAUGGGCAGACCAUCUCAAGGCGGCUUGGUAUUUCCCGAAUACGUUGUCUAUCGAGGCGAACAGGCGUAUCCGGAGUACCUGAUCACAUACCAGAUCGCGAGGCCCCAGCAGGAAAGCAGCGGUAGCGAGGGCGUCGAGGAACGGUGAUCGGAAGAGCUGGGUCCCGCGGCGCGGUUACGUAGUCUUUGUUGCUGUCAGAGACCAAGAGCGUGCGGCGCACUGUCGCGGACGUAAAGCGUAAACUUUAUUUGACCUCGUUUCGCCUGACGUAUGUUCUUCCACAGAUUCUUUUUAACUGGAACUAGAAUAAUAUUUGCGAGGUAACAGCGCGUAAGUAUGACUGAGAACUAUUGCACCUAUAGAAUAUUUUAUUUAAAAAAAAAAAAAAAACUGCAAUAUAUCUCGAAGUAUUACUUAAAAACUAUAGAGAAUAAUCACUGUAAACUUUUUCUAGCAUUUAAAUCGUGAUAAUGGGUUGAACACGCAGAUAAUUUGAAACACUCAAACUUAAAAAUCUCUUAAAUAUCAAUACAUAUAUAUAUAUAUAAUUUUAUUAAAUAAUUGGAAUGUGCGACUUUGAAAAAAAAAACCUGAAGAAAAAAUCUUGGAUUCUUAUAGAAAUAUUUUUUUCCGCGUGAAAAACUAUGCGAGAGAAUUUGAAUUCUGUUCGUUGAAUAUUUUUCAAACAUUUCACACAACCAACUCUUAAUUAUGCUUUUGAUAAUAUUUGCGUUUGUGUAGAAAUUUGAAUGAAAAUAUUUGCGAUAAUUUUUUGUUCCAAAAUAAAUAGGCAUUCUAACAAGAGUGCGAUAUCUAUCUUGUUCGCUUAUCUUCAACUAUUUUUCGAUUAUGAAACUUGAUUCAUUUACUAAUUCAAGAUAGAUUCACAACAUUCAUAUAAAUAUAAAUAUUUGAUCAUUCAAAUUUUCUGUCUUCAAUAUCCGAAAUCAGUAGGGAAGUACAUACUAAUUAUGAUGUACAUAUUGAUCUAAAGAGAAGUAUGCGUCUCUUUACAUCAAAUAUUUGGUGUGUUGAUUAGUGUGUUCGUAAAAUUAGUCAGUAUCAAAAAGAAUUUUUGCAUUGUACUUGUAUAUAACUGCGAUGCAAUUAAUUUGUAUUGACACAUUCUUUUAAAUGUUGCUCGGAGAGAAGGAUAUCGAUCUUGAAAGUGCUGAAUCAUCGAAGAAAAUAUAUAUAUAUAUGCAUAUGUAUACAUAUAUAUAUAUGUGUGUAUAUAUAAUGUAAUUUACUC